CAUCGGGGCGAAAUCGGCAUCGAAGAAGAAGAAGUAGAGAGAGAUCGAGAGAGAGAGAGAGGGAGAGUAAAAGAGAGAGAGAGGAAGAAGAAGACGAAGGAUCCGCCAUGGGAGUUCCAGCGUUCUACCGAUGGCUCGCGGAUCGGUACCCGCUCUCGAUCUCGGACGUGGUCGAGGAGGAGCCCGUGGAGAUCGACACUGGGGUCUUCGUCCCCGUCGAUCUGAGGAGGCCGAACCCUAACGGGCUCGAAUUCGACAACCUCUACCUCGACAUGAACGGGAUCAUCCACCCAUGUUUCCACCCCGAGGGCAGGCCUGCACCUGCCACUUAUGAGGAUGUUUUUAAGUCUAUCUUUGGUUACAUUGAUCAUCUCUUUGGGCUGGUUCGGCCAAGAAAGUUGUUGUUUAUGGCAAUAGAUGGUGUUGCUCCUAGGGCUAAGAUGAAUCAACAACGCUCUCGACGUUUUAGAGCUGCUAAAGAUGCAGCUGAGGCAGCUGCUGAAGAGGAGAGAUUGAGAAAGGAGUUUGAAGUUGAAGGAAGGAAUUUGUCUCCAAAGGAGAGACUGGAAACAUCCGAUUCAAAUGUCAUAACCCCCGGGACUCAAUUUAUGUCUGCUCUCUCAGUCGCACUCCAAUACUACAUACAUUUGAGACUGAAUCAUACUCCCGGAUGGCAAUCUCUUAAGGUAAUACUGUCUGACGCAAAUGUUCCUGGGGAAGGUGAGCACAAAAUCAUGGCAUACAUACGAUUACAACGUAAUCUUCCUGGUUUCGAUCCAAACACACGUCAUUGUCUGUACGGUUUGGAUGCAGAUCUUAUUAUGCUCUCUUUGGCUACCCAUGAGGUUCACUUCUCCAUUUUACGAGAGGUGAUCUCCAUGCCAGGGCAACAAGAGAAGUGCUUUCUUUGUGGUAAAAUUGGGCAUUUUGCUGCUGAGUGUAGAGAAAAGUCUGGCAGUCACACCACUGGGGAGGGUGAGAAGGCUCUGGAUGACACUCCAAUUUACAAAAAGAAAUAUCAGUUCAUAAAUAUCUGGGUGUUGCGAGAGUACUUGGAGAACGAUUUGCAAAUCAUCGAUCCUCCAUUCAAGAUAAAAUUUGAACGGCUUGUGGAUGAUUUUGUAUUUUUGUGCUUCUUUGUUGGAAAUGACUUUCUCCCACACAUGCCAACUUUAGAGAUUCGCGAGGGUGCAAUACAGCUGCUUAUGUUUGUAUAUAGAAGGGAAUUUGCAUCAAUGGGUGGAUACCUCACUGAUGCGGGUGAGGUUUCAUUAGAUAGAGUAGAGCAUUUCAUUCAGUCAGUUGCAGUCUAUGAAGACCAAAUUUUUCAGAAGCGUGCACGUAUUCAACAGGCAAUGGAAAAUAAUGAAGAACUGAAGCUUAAAACGCAGAGAGAGAAUUCUGAGAAUACACCAUGUAUAGAUAAGGUAAAAUUGGGGGAGCCCGGGUACAAGGAAAGGUACUAUGCUGAGAAGUUUGGUGAAGAAGAGUCAAAAUUGAUUGAUGAUAUUCGGAGAGAUGUCGUUCAGAAAUAUGUGGAAGGCCUUUGCUGGGUCAUGCGGUAUUACUAUCAAGGUGUUUGUUCAUGGCAGUGGUUCUACCCAUAUCAUUAUGCCCCUUUUGCAUCUGACCUGAAAGGUCUGGUAGAUUUGGAGAUCACGUUUUUCUUGGGUCAGCCAUUUAAGCCCUUCGAUCAACUGAUGGGAACUCUACCAGCUGCAAGCUCAGAUGCACUUCCAAAGCAUUACAGGGCCUUAAUGAUUGAUCCAGAAUCCCCAUUAAAUUCUUUCUAUCCUAAAGAUUUUGAGAUAGACAUGAAUGGAAAACGCUUUGCAUGGCAGGGUGUUGCGAAACUGCCAUUUAUCGAUGAGAGACGCCUGCUUGCUGAAACGAAGAAGCUUGAAGACACUUUAACAGAAGAAGAGAAGUCUCGGAACAGAAUAAUGUUUGACAUACUGUAUGUGCGUGAAACUCAUCCAUUGGCUCCACAAGUGGUUUUCCUAUAUCAAAUGUGUUCGCAGUUACCUAAUGCGGAGCCAUCUUAUUAUAUCCCAAUUGACCCCCAUGCUAGUGGUGGUAUGAAUGGAUUCCUUUGUUUAUCUCAGAGGAAUCAGUACAAUUUGCUAGUAAAUUCUCCCAUUAAAGGGUUCAGUGGUGUUGCAAAUAACAAAGUUUGGAAUGCUACAUAUCUUAACCCUCAGUACCACAAACACAUCCCAGAACCUCCUGAAGGGGUCAUCAUUCCUCCAAAGGUAUUGAAACCUCAUGACUUCAAACCUUUCCCUGCGUUAUGGCACGAAGACACUGGUAAUCGGCGACAACAAGCGAGAGAAAGGCCUCAGGUUUCUGGAGCUCUCUCAGGUUCCCUCCUAGGAGAGGCAGCACAUCGGCUUGUUAAAAACUCUCUGCAGAUUAAAUCCUCCAAUACCGCCGGACUUCUUGACAUGCCAUUCAGGAAUCUCCCGCAUGCUAACAACGGCAAACGGCGGCCUGCGGGACCAUGGGGCUAUGAAAGCGGUUUUGUGGAGGACGCAAACCCUAGAUAUUACUCGAGAGGCUUCUCAAAUCAUCGUCCACCUCCGUUCUUUUAUGAUGCCCACGUCAGUAAACAGAAUAUCAAGCUACAUGAACGACCAAACCCUCAAGAUCGAGAUGUUUGCAUUAAAUUGGGAAUGUCGAAGCUGACAAUGGAAGAAGGGGGCCGAUCCCAACCGCAUCAAAGGAUACCAAACUAUAGCUACUCGCCAAAUCAGCAACCGCCGUUUCAGAACUCCCGGCUUCAACCACAGCAGCUGAUCCAGAUCGCCGGGCUUCCACCACCGUUGCCUCCUUUGAACUGGAUCGAUAGGCAAAACAGCGGGAGUUUCGGGGGUGGAUUCGCAAAACAAGAGCUUACGGACCUCAACGAUGGACAAGGUGCGAGGGGUCAUUCGAGUGGACAUGGCAGGCAAGAGCCGGCGAGAGGCUUUGAAAGGACGCAGCAGGCCGCCUCCAAGGUAUACAGAAUCAAGUCGCGUGCUCCACAGGACCUAUCGGACUCCGGUGCUCACAAGUAAGUCAUAGCGCCUUCCACUAUGGUUUCUCCCUUAAUGUUAAAAAACAAAACAAAAUGGAUAGAAGCCCCUGCUUUUUAUGCAUAUGUGACAUAUUUGGUGACGGGGAUGAGAGAUCAUUUACUUAUUUAUAGAAGCAAAAACUGCUGUGGGAAAGCGUUCUGCUGUUGGGGGGGUUGUUUCUUGUUAGAUUGUAUAUCAGCACCAAUCGAAUGAGAUGAAUUAACAAGAUCAUUGUUGUGCAAGCAAAUCUGAAA